AUUGGUGAUACCGUAUGUUUUAUAUCAUCUAAUGAUUAUCUUAAGUCAAUUGCAUUUAUAUCACUAUUAAAUAUCGGAGCCAUCAGUAUAUUUCUAGACGAAAGGAUAACAUAUGAUAAGUUGGAUAAUGUACUUAAUAAAACCAAAUUUAAAUAUAUAUUUUGCGGAAAUGCCAGCAAAAUAAUUGUUGAUAAGUUGGUGAAUAACUAUUCAGAAAUUACUAAAGUAUUCAUUGAAUGCAAUGAUGACUAUGAAUUGGACAAUAAGUUUAUUAAUGUUACUCAACUAUUUAGUGAUGAUAUCAAAUGUGAAAACAAUUUUGAUGUCAACCAAUCGGAUAUAGCGGUGAUUGAGUGGACCGGAGGUACAAAUGAUGGCACACCGAAACCAGUGGCCAAAACGCACGGCAAUCUUAUCAAUGGAUUACAGCAAAUGUUAAGCGACAAUGUCUUGAGCAACAACAGCGAUGACAUUAUAAUAUCGAUGCCAUUUGACCACUUGUUUGGCAUAUAUUUUCAUUUAAUAUCACUUAUCAGUGGAUCCAAAACGGUGUUAAUCAGAGAAACGUUUGCUACAAAUACUUAUAUAUAUUUGCAAUGUAUUGAAAAUUUGAAUGUAACAAAACUGAUACUGUUUUCAUCGGACAUCAAUUUGAUGGUCAAAAAUGAAGUGAAUCUCAUGUAUAAUGUCAGUAGUGUUAAAGAGAUAAUAUAUAUCGGUGUUUUUGAUGAUAACAAUAUUAUCCGUCAAAGUGUGGACAGUAUGUUUAAGUGCCGAUAUUUUAGAUCAGUUUACGGAACCACUGAAUCAGGAGUCAUAGCAUGUCUGCAAAAAAGUAAAUGCUAUGAACGGAACAAUUAUUCGACGGGACAGUUGAUAUCGGGAACAGUACUACAGGUGCUUGACUUGAAAACUGGUGAAUCGCUGCCAGCUUACAGUGUGGGCGAGAUUUGCGUAAAAAGUGGACAAUUGGGUCACUCUUACGGCACUGAUAACAGCGACAGAUUUACUAAUGAUGGCUAUUUAAGAUCCAACGACGCCGGCUAUUAUGAUAAUGAAGGCAAUGUCUACAUUGAAUGCAAGAUAUCUGAUAUUAUAUAUGUUGACAAUCAGAUGCUGAUACCAAACGAUCUUAAAAUCCUAUUGUUAUCGCAUCCCAAUGUCAUCGAUGUCUCGGUUAUCGGUAUUUAUUGCAAUUAUAGUGACUCUGAGUCCGACUCUGACACUAAUGAAACAAAUAAUAUAAUUUAUAAACAAUUAAAUAAUACGUUUAAGAUAUUUGUUGUAUUGCGCGCCGGUAGUAACGAAACUGAUCUCGACUUAAUCAACUUUAUUAACGAUAAGGUAGAACCCAUCAAACAGGUUGACUUCAAUUUGUAUGUCAUGGAUAUAUUGCCUCGAAAUAGUUUGGGUGAUAUUCAAAGAGGUUCACUAAUAAAAUAUUAA